AUGUUUCAACCUACCGCUCUUCUGCUCGCGGCUGCUGCCCUCUUCAUUCCUAGCGUUUUAGCCGGCGAGGGAGUUCACCUUGCCAACUGUGGCAACGAUGUUGGCACGCCAAUUACCAGUGUCAUUGUCUACUACCCAGAUGACUCUCAGUCCACCGGCGAGCCGCUUUCGCAGAACAUUGCCUUUGCCACCAACCCUGAGCGUCUGGUGACCUGGGAGGGAAACUCUUAUACCGCGAGCUUCUCAAGCGGAAACACUUUUACCACUCACAUCAAUUCUGGAAGCUUUAGCGUUGGCCAGUAUGCGGGAACUGGAAACAACCAGCAGAGAUCGUUUGCUUGCUUCAGAGACAACAACAGGCAGCUGUGGCGAGCUACAGGUGCUUACGCUUGCUUCAGCAUCUACUAUUGCCUCGACGCAUAA